AUGAAUGUAACUAACAUUGGGAUACUAGAUUCUCUGUCAGACUUGAAGGAUCUUGAUUGGGAUGGUGAUAUCAAGAAGAAACAAACUGGUUUGAACCUUCUAAUUGUAUGCCUGAUAUCAACAUGGCCACAUAAUGGAUGUGAAAUUCAGGAGUGUAGAUCCGAGAGUUUUACGCUUCACAAUCUUUGCCUAGGACUUCCUCAGAUCAAGGAGCAAGAAGAGCCAAACUCAACAUCAUGGCCUGAUUAUUACCUAGACCAGAUCAAUGCAAUGAUGACACUUGUUUCCACAUCAGGGGAAGAUGAAGUUGCUAACAGGACGAAGGUGGUUGACAGUCUCAAGACUGCACUCAGGACACAACCUAUGAAGUUUGUAAUGAGGUUCCUAGAUCUAGAUGGCCUCUCCGUUCUCCUCAACUUCUUGGAGAAGAUGGACUAUGAAACCAUGGAGAGCCCAAUCCACACAUCAGUCAUUGGCUGUAUCAAAGCCCUCAUGAAUAAUUCACUCGGGCGAGCCAAUGUCCUGGCCCAUCCAACCUCCAUCAACAUCAUCUCACAAAGCAUGAUCACAGAGAAUAUCAAGACCAAGAUAGCUGUCCUGGAGAUCAUGGGCGGUGUCUGUCUCGUUCCUGGGGGCCACAAGAAGGUCCUGGAUGCCAUGUGCCAUUAUCAGCAGUUUGCCUCUGAGAGGACAAGAUUUCAGGUACGUUUUUAAUCAGUCAGGAAAAAAUAGCAUUGCUUCCGGGGCCCUGUCUUACUAAAAGUUGCAAUCGGUCCAACUGAUCUCAAUUAUGGAAAGCAAAGUAUGCUAUUGACUAGUCAUGUAUAUCCUUUCAUACAUGUAUUGUUCUCUAAAAUGAUUAUGAAGAACACUUGUGUAUAUGCCAUUGUUUGACCAAUCAGCAUUCCCUGUCCUUGUUUAUGGAUGUUGUAGAUUAACAUUGCUUGUACAUUACCUCUUCUACAUGACUGAUUAUGACAUUCAUGGCUUUCCAUAUUUGUGAUCGAUUUGAUCAAACACCUUUCUUUGUAAGACAGGGCCCAUAUUCCAUUGAUUGGUUUGCUGCAGAUUGGUCUCACUCCAUCACAGGAGGCUUGAAUUUCUUUAAUUGACUUGAUUGAUUGAGAAAUCUCUCUUCAUUAAGUUGAUUGGAAAUAUUUGGAAUGGGAUCACAUUGAUUUCGUAUCAGGACCCAGCCUAUGAUUAAUUGUAGGGCUUAUUUUUACAAUUAAUUGCAUUGAUUAUUAUGGGCAAUCAGAGGCACAAAUCAAUUAUACGAUCAAUCGCUAAGUUUUGCGUUAUGGGGCCCAGAUUCUACAAUAGAGAUAUAACAAAAUAAGUAUAAGUCAGAUAAUAUUGUAAUUUGGAAACUCUACAAUUCAUAAAGAUUUUGCAUUGAAAGUUUGUUUUACAUGUAAAUAAUCAAGAUAACAAGGAAAAAAUCAAUCAACAGAACAUGAAUUGCAAAUAUUUGGAUGAUAAAAAUUGAAAUAUUUUUAAAUUAUCAUUUCAAAUUGAUGGCAUAUGAUCCAGAAUAAAAGGUAAAUUUUCUUCAAAAGUUGCAGUGCUGUUCUUAUGUAAAUAUCAAAAACUUUAUUACUAUACUAAGAUGAAUUAAAUUCUGAAAUACAAUUAGAUCAACAUUGAUCUCUCUAUGUACACUGUACAGCCUUCCUUCGGAUAGAAUAGGUAGGCAGUAGAACAUUUGAAUGUUUACUAAACAAGAAGACCUAGAGUAGGAUUAGCAGCUCUGCAGAAAAACGCAAAUAUCACACUUUUGUGCUGGUCUUUUAAUCUCCUUUAAAGAUUAUGAAACUCAUACCAAUGUAAUAGAUAUGUUAUUUGGUGCAAUGAAAUACUCUGAUCAUCUUGAUACUGUCAUCUGAUAGUACAUAAUAGGUGGUUCUUCAUCGGCCUGAGUUUGCUCAAUCUGCAGAUUGUAGCUCUAGAUUUCAGUGAUUUUCACUGACACAUGUUACAAGCUACUGAAAAUCCUUACAUCUGAUUGGCUAAGAGCAAUUAAGCUCAGAAAAUCACAGAGCAAAACUUCACGGAAUGCUCUCAUAUUCAGGGUUAAUUGUAAAACCCAUUUCUAUCAGCCAAAGUUGGGGAAUUUUCACUUGGACCUGAUUUUUUUUUUACCUUGGGUUAUGAAGCAUAUUUCGGGGCCCCCACAUUUUGGGUAGUAUGCAAUAUGGUAUGAAUAAUUUUUCCGUAGCUAAAACCAAAGUGUGCCUUCCCUAGCAACUUGCUAGAUUAUUCACCAGAUAUGCACAAUUUUGAAAGAAAAAAAAGAAAUUUGUCUUGGGUUUGUUGUACUCUUGGGAGGAUUCCCAUUAAAUAACCUGCUGAUUGCUUCCUUUGUAAAAAUAUCCUUGGGAUUGAUCUAAUUUGGUUAAUUUCCAGAUCAGAAAUAAAGGCUAAUGGAGAUAGGACUAAAUGACUUGGCCCAUCUUCAGUUCCAAUUUAAUCUGAUUACAGCAAGUCGCUUUAUCCAUUUAGGAAUGUAAAGCUUCUUCAAUAUCCCCUCUCAAUUUCCAUACAGAGAAAUAGGACCACUGUUUAGAAUGAGUAAAAAUAUCCUCCUGAUUAAAUGUCAUAUCACAUUUUCAAGAAAUGUCAUGGUUACAAAUUUCUUAAAUUUCUUUAAUGCCAGCUGUAAAUCUUUUCAGCUGUCCAACCUACUUUUUAUCACCAUGCUUUACUUCAGAACAAGGGUCAUAGUGUAUUCGGAAAUCAGAUAUCAAAAUAUCAGAGAAAAAUCAUGUGAUAUCAGCAUCAAUUUCAUUUUCAAGUUCAAAUUCAGCUAGGGGCAUGGGUGUGUUAUUCCAGCGAUCCAUAUCUUUGAAAGCAAUAAACAAUUUUAUGGUACCAUCAAAAUGUUUUGGUGUCUGUAUCUCGUUUCUGAAUACAGUAGACAUUGCAGUUUAUGAAUAUUUAUUUUAUUAGAAAAUCCAAAAGAAUUUAAAAUUUUUUAAAUCUCCCGUUGCAGAAUAACUCAUUCAGAUUCAAUGAAAAGCUAUAUCCUGGUAUUUAUAUUUUUUUUCUCAAAUUUGCAGAACAGCUUGAAAUCAGGCAGCAAACGUUUAGGGGUUGGGGUUUCCAUGUUACCAAUAUUCAAGCUCAAAAUGGCAGAGCUUUCAAUGCCUUGUAAAAUCCAAUCAAUAAAACCAUCCCUUGAUCAACUUUUUUUUGCUGCAAGCCAUGUCAUUUCCAAGUUUCCUUGCCACAUUGUUACAAUUAAGACAUCACUGAAGAGUAGCUCCUUCCUAAAGCAACCAUGCCUCUGCCAUGAGGGAUUCUCUUCCAACAACUUAAUUAUUUAACCUAAUUACCAGAAAGUCUAGACAGAAGCCUAGCAGACAUGACAGUCAUUCCAUUUAUUCCUUAUGGAGGGGAGGUAGGCACGGAGGAGAGAAGGCUAGGAGCAAGGGAAAGUGGGUUUCCAAAGAUAUGGGAAACAUCUUUGUUGUCCUCGACUGUCACGCCAUCGACCCAUCAUAGAUUAAUUUCUUAUGUCUUGUGGCAUUAUUAUUUGAAGAUAUGCUGAGGUUGCUAUGAUUACCUGUGAAGAGUGAGAGUUUCCCUACUCCCCCAAAAAGGAUGAUAAUAAUGGUAUUUGGAUUUAUUAGCAGAAUUUCGGGUAUUUUGGUAUAUAGUAUUCACUCAUUCCAAGUCAAGUAAGGGCUAGAGUGCAUAGAAAAGGCAAAAUUUAAAUUUAUCAAUGUUAAGAUCUAUGUUGCAAAAUGAAGCCCAAAUGCUUAUCACUGAAUCUUUGAUGUAAAUUUUUUUUCUUAGAAUACCCUGCCCUGUAGCAUGAAAACUGAGAAAUUAAAGGAGGUAAUAACCAUGACAGGAAAAUGGGCAAAAAUAACCUUUUUAGUUUGUGAAAGUUAAUGUUCAAGCUCUACUUAUAAGUGUGACAAGUCAGUUUUAUAAAAGCCAAUAAGCACUGUUAGAAUCAUAUGUCCACUUAGAUGACUGGUACGAGAUGUCAUUUUAAGGCAUUGCGCAUGCGUCAGGUUCUCACCCUCGCCGACUAUCAGAAUUGAGAACCUCGCCACUUUCAUUCUGUCAUCCUUCUUGAUCAUAGUCAACUUGCACGUGAGUGACAUCAUUUCAACCGCUCAAACUUAAACACCGCUCAAAAUUGUAAGAUGCAUUAUGUAUCAUAUUUAAAAUUGCUUUCUGAAUUCCAAAAUAUAUAUCGCUAUAUCUCUGCUUAAAGCAAAAUAAUUGUUCUUGAAAAGUGAUUAGACUUGUCAUCAAGUGAUUCUCCACCUUGU